AUGAGCACUGAGGGCAAGAAAAAAUACAAAUGUGACAGAUGUAGAUCUUUGCAAGUACAAAACAACAUUCAGAUUAACGUCCCUACUGAUAAUUCUUUCAACUCUCUGCAGGAAGAUGAAGAGAAUGAGACAUCUCAUGACUCAAAUUUUGUUACUCUUAGAAGAAAUAAGAAACAGUCUUCCCUGCCUGACUUAUCUGCAUCAUUCUUAUCUACGGAGAACACUCUAUAUUACCUGGAAAGCAAAAACGUGAACAGUUUGCCGGAUCUCAGCAGUGAGGAGAAUGUUCUUGUUAAUGAACUAAAGCUGGAAAUUAAAAGAUUACAAACUGAACUUGACAUAGCGCACAAUGAAAUUGCAAAUUUAAACGUACCUAAUACGGAAUUAAACAAAAAAAUUCAAGAACAGCAAAAGAUGUGGAUACGGGUAACCGUCAAUGGUAAGAAAAUCGCCGUAGGUACUGCAUACAGACCCCAGUGGCUUGAUGUGGACACUUUCCUCGAUGCUCUCUCCGACAGCAUCGUGUCAUUCUCUGACCACGACCAUAUAGUACUCCUGGGUGAUUUUAACAUUAAUUUAAUGAAUGGAGGUGACCCAAAAACCAGAAAAUUCCAGGACUUUCUAAGUUCGAUCAACUUGGAGCAAGUCGUAAAGUCACCAACACACUUCACAAGCCAGAGUAAUAGUUUGAUCGAUGUGAUCUGUACUGAUGCAUGUGUGAGGAAUGUUGACGUUACUCAUGUCCCUGAUCUGAAUCGUCACUGCAUCGUUAGCAUUACCCUUAAGCUUAAAAAGGAAAAGAUCCCACCUAAGACUGUAACUUACAGACCUCUAAGGGACAUCGACCGGGUUGCUUUUGACAGGGACCUUUUUCUGACGCGCUGGGAAUCUGUCUACUCUGCUCACUCCGUAAAUGAAAUGGUUGAAAUUUUCAAUGAAUUCGUAACGGUGCUGUUCGAUCUUCAUGCGCCUGAGCGGACGACCAAAUUCAGGGAGGGUUUAACGCCUUGGAUCACAAGCAAUGUGAGAGCAAUCAUGAAGCUACGGGAUGCCGCCCUUUCCAAAUACCGCGCCGAUAAAUCUGAUCUUAAAAAAUCCGAGUACAAACAGCUUAAAACUUUGGCUGCUUCAGCGCUCAGGUCUGAAAAGUGUGCAUAUUUCAACACUCAUAUUAACAGUACGAUUGACGACCCAAAAUUAUUAUGGCGAAAUCUCAAAAAUAAUGUAUUACCUGACAGUAAAUGUAAGCCUGACAUACCUCAUUAUUUAAAUAAUCCUGACGAUAUUAAUGAUCAUUUUCUAAAUAUUCCUGGCAGGGACUCGGUGGAACUGUCACAGCUAACCUAUUAUGAAUUCCAUAAAGCCACUGCCGAUACUUUUUCAUUGCAACCGGUUUCAUGCGAUAAAGUUGCUAAAGUCCUACUGAGUAUGAAAUCUAAUGCUAGAGGGGUAGAUAACAUCUCUCUGGACAUGAUCUUCCUUACUCUGCCUCACACUUUGCCCCAUAUCACCUUCAUAAUAAACCAAUCCAUCACCACAAGUACGUUCCCCGACGUUUGGAAGAUAGCUAAAGUCGUGCCUCUUCCUAAAAACAACAACCCUCAACAAUUCAAAGAUCUGAGGCCAAUAAGUCUACUCCCAUGCCUAUCCAAGGUACUGGAAAAAAUUGUGCAUGAACAGGUAACCAAAUAUCUGGAAGACACUAACAUACUCCCGAGUCUUCAAUCUGGCUUUAGAAGGGGACAUGGCACUGCAACAGCGCUUCUCGACGAGGUUGAUAAUAUUUUGGCGGCUCAGGAUCAGGGUAUGGCUACUAUUUUGGUUCUCUUGGAUUUCUCUCGCGCUUUUGAUUCAAUCAGCGUGCCCCUCCUGCUCUCCAAACUCACUUUCUACGGCUUUGAUAAUGGGACUGUAGCAUGGUUUGCAAGUUACCUGGAAAAUCGUUCACAAUUCGUGGAAUUGGCCUCAAAUGGUGUCACCCAAAGUUCUAAAUUGCGUUCACUCCACAGAGGAGUUCCCCAGGGUUCAAUACUGGGGCCUCUGUUGUUCAUACUAUACAGCUCUGAUGUGCCUUGCGUAAUUCGGGACUGUCGAUACCAUAUGUAUGCCGAUGAUCUUCAAUUUUACCUGUCCUUUGACCCCAGAAAAACCGAAGACGCAGCGGUUAAACUGAAUGAAGAACUGCAUAGGAUCAAAGUAUGGGCUCAAAACCAUAUCCUAACGCUGAAUCCAGCUAAAUCAAAGUAUAUGAUCUUUGGUACCAAGAAGCAGAUCGAGUUUGUUGAGAGUAGAGAUCCAAGUAUUACAAUUAAUGACCAGAUAGUGGAACGAGUCUGGUCAGCAAGGAAUCUGGGUGUGGCAUUUGAUGCCGGCCUCCGUUUCGAGAGUCAUGUCGGCGAGUUGGCCAGGUGUUGCCUCUACAGGCUGAAAGUCUUAUACAGGUUCAGGGACUACCUCAGUUCGGAGCUCAGAACUAGCUCAGCAACAGACGCAAGAGAUAGGUUAACGCGACAUUAUACCAAAGACAUCCCGUAUAUCAGCCUAUACGAGAUUGGGAAGGCUCUCAAACAGCUAAAGAACAACAAGGCACCAGGUGAUGACGGCAUAACCUCGGAGCUUUUGAACGAAGGUGGAACACCGAAACUCGUUCAGAGACUCUUUAACUCCGUCUUACUUCAGGGAACAACGCCAGAGGCAUGGGAUAGAAGCGUGGUGGUGCUCUUCUUGGACUAUGAGAAGGCCUUUGAUUCGAUCGAGACUUAA